CGACGUAGAGAUUAUACUACUGUCGAGUGGCUCCGCUGUACUACUUGCAAGGUCAGGAUGGCGUCGAAUCAUAACAACUCUGGUGCUAGCGAUGCAGGGUGCUACAAUUGUGGGCAGUUAGGUCAUAUCGCUAGGUUUUGUCAUCUUUCGGAUAAGCGACUGAGCGGUCAGAACAGUUCCACAAGUACUGCCAUCGUCCCAGUGCAAACUCCUACGUAUGGUAAUGCACCGAUUAACACAGGACCACCCGCGUACAAUAGUUACUACAAUGGAAGGUACUCUGGCAGAAGUGGACUGGGGCGACGGGUGUCGAACUUAAAAGAGCUCAUUGCGAAGAUUAGGGGGAAACAUGAGGCUGGUGAGGCGAAAGACAGAGCGGCUCGGAAAGAAGAAGAGAAGAAGAAGAAAGAGAAGAAAGAAGAGGAUAAGCGUUUGAAAGAGAAGAAAGAGCGGGAAGAAAUGCACUCCAUCUUCGCCAGGGAGUUGAGCAUAAAGUUAGAUGUUGUAAGUAAUGCGGUGGGAGGGAAGAAGGACAAAGACAAAGGUGAUGACGAGAUCGCUAAGCUACGAGACGAGAUUGAGAAGUUGAAGAAUUGCCAGUUUGGUAGCUCCAUGCCGUUGUCACACACGGGAAAGAAGAGCAGAGAAAAAGCAGAGGACGAGAUAGCGAGAUCACGUGAGGAGAUCGAGAAGAUUAAGAAGAAUCAGCAAAGUUGUGGGGCGUAGACUUCGCUGAGUGACAAGGAGGCUGCUGAUCUGCUUAAGAAAGAGGUAGCUGAGAUGAAAUUGGCUUCUGAAAAGAGGUUUUAUGCGCUCGAGGAGGAGAUAGCCAAAGAGAGGAGUAGCGGAUGCCGAAGCUUGGAAGAAUGAAGUGUUACGACCCGA